UGCUAAUGUAAGGAGAAGAAUUUUGUGUUUUCGAUAUUGGUUGCAAUGAAUAUUUGUGAUUUGCAAUGGCAACAAACAUUGAGGAUAAUGAGUGUAUUUGCUAUAAUUCAUCUGUUAAUUUAUCGGGAAUAACUACAUAAUUGUAUGAAAUUACCAUUUGUAAAAACAGUAUUAAUUGAAACUGAAAUGUAGAAUGUACUUCUAGAUAUGUUGCCAAAAAACUAGAAUGAUGUAGGCCUGGCUUUUGACUGGGCAUUUCAUGGCUGGAAUUAACUGGUAUGCUGGAUACCCAUUAAAUCAAAAAUCCUGUAUGACUAAAGCAGUGCCACUGUGCAGCUUAACAAACCUUCAGUUGAGGUUUUUGUGCCCUUCAGAUCUGGAAGAGGUGCGGGCUCUUUGUCAGGAUUGGUUUCCUAUUGAUUAUCCUUACUCAUGGUAUGAAGACAUCACCUCCAAUCCUAGAUUCUAUUCAUUAGCAGCGGUCUAUGAUGGUAUCAUCAUUGGUCUUAUUGUGGCUGAAAUAAAAUCUUAUGUAAAGUUAAAUCGAGAGGAUCGUGAUAUUCUAUCACAGUCAUUCAGUAAACAGACAGAAGUGGGAUACAUAUUGAGUCUGGGAGUGAGCAAAGAUCACCGCCGUAAUGGCAUAGCCUCCCUGCUACUUGACAAUCUAAUUUCACACCUUACAACUGUUGAACAUGUGGAAUGUAAGGCCCUCUUUCUGCAUGUCCUUACAACUAAUUCACCUGCCAUUCACUUCUAUGAGCAUCGUAAUUUUAGGUUACAUUCCUUUCUCCCCUAUUAUUACUCCAUCAAGGGAAAGUGUAAAGAUGGCUUCACCUAUGUGCUUUACAUCAAUGGAGGACAUCCACCCUGGGGCAUAUAUGACUAUUUGAAGCACUACUGUGGACUCCUGUAUCAUGCUGACCCUUGCUCACUUCCACUGUGGGUUUGGCACAAGAUGCAAGGUGCUGUCCACUGGGUGUGGCCUGGAAUUCGCCGUAUCGUGGUACAGAACACCACUGCAGUAUUUUCGUUUUAUAGCUAACACCGGCAUAAAUGAAACACCUCUUAGUGGGGAAUGCUGACAGAAGUUACUUGAUACUUGAAAUCCUUGAUGUUUUUAGUCAAGACUGCAGAGUUUUGUUGCAGCUGUGAAGCCAUUGAAGUACAGGCCUAUAUUAUUUUAUUAUUCUUGUUUUCUUGGCAGUUAGUUACAUCUGUUUUUUUAUUCUAAUUUUUCAGUGAUCCUACGUAUGUAUUUGUUGUUAUUGCUAGAUUUCAAAGUACAAAAAUACAAGACUACCAGACAGUUGUGGUGGAAAUUUGUUUAAGUUGAAGUAUGGACACAUUGGUGUAGUUAACUAUUUGCUGCAUCAUUUUUAGUCUAUAGUGCCUCAGUAUAGCAGACCAGUUAAUUUAAAUGACCCAUACACUUUUAAAACUGUUCUACAUUUUAUUGUCUUAAUGCAGCAGUAAAACAUUUAGGUCUACUGUGUUCCGAUGGAUUUAACCUGGCAGUAAGUUAAAAUGCAUUAAUUGUACAGGAAAUCUUUACAAAAAUGUUAACUUGGGCUCAGUAUUGGAUACUCUGAUAUAUUUUAUUUUUAAUAACUUUCAACUAAUAUAAUUAGUAAGAUGUUUAUUCAUUAACUGCAUCAGCCCAGUGAGUGGAAAAUAUAUUCUUAUUUUGCUCUGUUAUAGCAAACCAUACAUAUGUUGUGAUGCUGUUAACCCUCUUACCACUGAACCUAGUGCCACAGGGUCUACAAGAAUUGUUGGUUUGUGUCUCAGAAACUGAAUAACAUGAGAGAGACCUCUGUGCCUAAGAUUUUUAGCAGAAAGUGUUGCAUCCUAUUGCCAUUGCUUAAUGUGUGUACCAUAUUUGCUGGACUAAAAGAUACAUCAAAGUAUAAGACAGAUUUUAGAGAGAAAGUUUUAAGGAAAAACCUUCUAUACCUUUGGGCCAUAAGAUGCAUACCCUCUUUUGGGUAGUAUUUUUGAGGAAGGAGAGUCUGAUAUUCUGGAAAAAUACAGUACAUGCAAUAAGAAACAAGCCUCUAAGUAUUAGCCAGAUUGGAUCUUAUCAGAGCCAGCAGAACUUGUCUGAUUGACAUGGUUCACUAGCAUGUAAAGGGUUAAUACAGUGAGAGAGAAAAUUCAUAAACUGAUAUGUUAAGUUAUAUAGUGUAUUUUACAUCUGGUUGCCUUUGUAUCUUGAAUGUGGUUUGUGAAGUUAUUUGAAAAACUGUUGAAUGGGAAUGAACAUUUUAAGAUGUGAUUACUGGUUCUUUAUUGGGUGUAAGGAGAAGGAACAGAUAUUGGUAUGAACUGUUAUAGACAUGGAACAUUAUGUUAGUGUAGACAUCAGACCUUUGUUAAUUGUUCAGGUCUAUGAGUUGUUACUUUCAUUUGAUAAGAAUACUACCAUAAUGCUGUGGAUAGCUUCUGAUGCAGUGUUGUUUCUGUCAUGGAUGGAAAAGGAAAGUUGUCUGAAUCCAGUUCCUUUGCACCGUUUGACCUUACUCUAGCUAUCUGUAAUUACGAAACAACUAGGUUACUGUGAAAGGAAUGUGUGAAACUGAUGUCUUGAAACGUGAAGUGUUUAGUGUUUACUGAAUUAAAGUAUAUGUUGUUUUAGCUGCUACAUUAUACUCAUAUUACAUUUUCCUUUUGCAUUAUUUUAUUUGGUGUAGCAUAUUCAGGUGUAACGUACACACACUCGAGAAAAUAUCAAUAAUAGGCAGCUCAUGAAUUGUAGAUUUUCAGAGCAAAGACUGAUCAAAGAUUAUUCUUCUAUUGCAGUAUUCCUGUUAUGUUAUAAUAGCUUCAGUUUUUGUGCAUUCCUUGUUUGUGAAUAAACUUCUGCAGCAAUAACAGAAAUAACAAAGUUAAAAGGAGUUUAAACUCCUAUGUUUGUACCAAGAAACAGCUGUAGAUUUGGUAUAUGUAUCACUGCCAUCUAACUGCAGCCACACUUCAGAUGUCACUUUUAGAGCUGUAUGAAAGUUAAUUACCUUUAAAUACUCUUUUCUGUUUGUGGUAAUAGUAAUGAUUAUUAUUAUAGUGUAAUGUAAUCUGUAUCUGUUGUAGAAGAUGACAAAUGUUUUCAAACAUGUAGAAAGUGGACUUGAAUGUUUUACCAUAAAUUAUAGUACAAUUAUAUCCAAGUCUAUGCAAUGAGGGUUAAAGGUUCAGUGUAGUUGAUAUAAAAGGGAAAAAAAAACAAUAGUUUUAGUACUAUGAUGAAAGAAAGUUAUAUAUACAAUAUUAUGUACAUAGAUAAAUCUUUGUGUAUAGUAAUAUGCUUGCAUACUUCAUUAUAGUAUGUAUUCACACAUUUGAUGAAAAUUAUCAGUGUGUAGUUGAUCAGUAUUUCAAUACCUGUUUAUGUUGUAGAAGAAAAUGAUUUUGAAGGUCUACAAGCUGAUUUGUGUUAUGUGUAAUUAAUAAUUUAUACUAUUUUAUAGCUAGUUUGUUGCACCUCAUGACUCAGGGAUGCCCAGUGUCUGCACAAAGAAAGGAAAUGUUUGUGGCAUUUAACUUCCAGAGUUUGUUAGAAAGUCUUUUGAUAUUUCCAGUGAAUGAGCCUUAGACAUGGUUGAUAAAUAGGUUCUCAUAAAUGGCUUUAACUGUUUCCACUCCACAGUUAGUUGAAAUUGGCUACUCUCCAUUUAAAGGCUGGCCAUACAUGCUUCUUCCUGCUCAUCACUUUGCCUGCCUGCCUUCUCUGAAAUAUGAAGGUGACACAGAGAAUUUGUGGUGAGACACAAUAUAUGUAAACAAUGCAAGGCAAGCCCUAUGACUUGCACAUAGUUUUACCUCAAAAAAUAAAAAGGGACAUUUACUUGAGCUGAGCAGUUGACAGUAUACUAUGAGUACAUCUGUGAUUGUGUCCCCACAAACGGUCUGUCUUACCUUCAGAUUUCAGAGCAUGCAGGCAAAGUGAUGAGAAAGAAGAAGCCUAUAUGACCAGCUUGACAGAAUUACUCCUAUAAGAAUAGAUCUAAGAGCAUGGAGUUCAGACUUGCUUCAGUAGAUGACAUCUGACGAUAGAAGUAGGCCUCGUUAAUUAAGGAACUGGCAGUAUUCUUUUCAAAUCUUAACAUAGGAGUGGACAUAGUUAAGUAUGAUUCCUGAGUUGGAGAUGUGAAAUAAUGAAACUAAUUUUGCUUCAAAACACUUUACAGUUCUGAACUGUUAGCCUAGUUUCAUCUGUUUCGAGAUUUGAUUCAGAGUUAAUGCAAAAUAGUCAACCUCCUUGUUUUGCAGGUUGUGUACCACAAGCAAACAAAAUAGACAUGUGAUUGAAGAAAAAUGUGAAAAUAAUAGAUGGUCCUAUAGUC